GAAGUGGCUGGAGCCCGGAGAAUUUCCGGUGAAGGUGGAAAUGGACCCAACAGAGCCGGCAAUCGGGCCGCCCAUCGAGUCGCACUUCGACCUGAACUUCCGCAUCGCCGUGUCCUUUAACGGACCGGAUGGCGACUUCUACAUCGCCUCCGGGCGGGUGGCCUCGACGCCAUUCUCGCUUCCCUACGCCCUCGAGCGCCCCUACGGCUGGGCAGAGGGCGGAGCGGCUGUGAAACUGCACGGCGUCACCUGGCCGGAGGAUGCUGACCUGGACCUGACACUGAUUUUUGUCUUCAGCGACCGCGAUGUCAUGAGCCACUGCCACCGGGUCUCUAUGAAGAUUGCUGAGUGUGUCGUGCCAACUCCGCCGAACUCGGGCUCGUCAACGGUUUCCCUGAAGAUGAUGGCCACGCGCAGCGGCGAAACUGCGACCUACGACCUGCCUGGGCUUAGCUACAACUUCAUGGCCGUACCGACCGUGGACGCGGUCGUCCCGAACAGCGCGGCCCUGGAGGGCGGCACUUGGAUCGAAGUGACCGGAGGUCCCUUCGACGCACGGGUGGAGUAUUGGUGCGUUUUCUUGCCGCCUCUUCCGGGAGUCAUCCCUGAUCUUCCGGCUUUCGGCCGUGGGCCUGGGAGGUACCUGAACUUCACCACGCUCCUUUGUGAGACGCCUCGGCAGUUACUUCCCUCCGUCUGUACUCUUACGUUGGCCUCCGACCAAUCCAUGACCAACCUGGGGAUUGGCCACCUUCCCUUCGAGUUCUAUGCGCCGAUGGUCGUCGAAGAGGAGGACUCAGAGUACAACGCGUCGGAAAUUGUCGCUGCCGCAGAAUCCCAGAGGCUAAUGGCCAUGAUGGGAGCGAAGCAGGCAGAGGAGCCGAUGCCAAGGCAGCCGGCCAUAGCUCCUCCCGUCGUGCCGGACGAGCCAGAGCCUGUGCCGGUGUUCCCAGCCAACAACGCCGCGCUCUCGAUACCGUUUUCCACAUCUUUUGUGUCUUCGGCUUUCAACGUCACGACCUAUCAGCCAGGGGUUCGAAUCCUGCACAUCGCGCCCCGGUCGUUCCUACCCUACCGUGACUCCACUUCUGGAAAGCCUCACAUCAUUCACCUCACGGUCGGAGGUUUGUCGGAGACCAUCCACAGCUGUGUCGUCCGCUUUGGCGAGGUGGAGGCCAAUGCGACGCGAGUGGCCAAUUCGUCUCUGAUCGAAGCCAUUGUCCCACCGGCCUUCGCGAACAUCACCGUGCCCUUGCAUAUCUACUGCGGUCAGGAGCGCCUGCAGGUCACCUAUCCUCAGACCUGGAACUUCCGGUACGUUUUCUUGCCAGAGGUCCACGCAGUCGAUCCGGAGGAGGCCGAUGCCCAGAGCAGAGAGUGGUUGACGCUCCACGGUCGCUACUUCGAAGACUUCCCAGGCCGGGCGUGCAUGAUCGGAGGCCAGCUGGUUCAGAACGUGGCUGUGCGCUGGCUGAGUUCCAGCAUGGUCCAAUGCCGCAUGCCACUCUGGAAACAGGACGCGCCGCUUCUGACUGUCGCCUACUCCAACGAUGGAUCAUACUUCUCCAGCGAGGUCGUUGUCGUGAACACCUGGGUCCGUAUCCGCCUCUUCGAUGUUCAGCCUC